UGCUUUCAUGGUGUGGUCCAGAGGGCAGAGGAGGAAGAUGGCUCAGGAGAAUCCGAAAAUGCACAAUUCCGAGAUUUCCAAAAGGCUGGGAGCUGAGUGGAAGCUCCUGAGUGAAGGGGAGAAACGGCCCUUUAUCGAUGAGGCGAAAAGAUUGAGGGCACUUCACAUGAAAGAACAUCCAGACUACAAAUACCGUCCAAGAAGAAAACCAAAGCCGCUUAUGAAAAAGGAACCCAAAUUCGGUUUCUCCAUGUCCCCGCUGCUAUCUCCCCACCUGGAAAGCUCCGGCCUGCAUCGAACCUUCAUGCCUCCGAUAUCUACAGCAUCCGGACUACCACAUCUGUUGAACCACGACCACGAUCACCUCAAACUAUCACGAACGCUCUUCCCUCCACUUCCUUACCUCUACCACCCUUUCAGACACCCAGACGAGACCAAGUUUGCUGCAGAGCUGGCUCUAUUGUACAGCAACAACCCCAUAUACCCACCUGGCCUGAACUGGUCGAUAAACAACCUCACGAACAACGUCAAUGCAAGCGUACCGUGCAAUAUCUGUCCACCGACGUUCUCCAGGAGGUCGCCCAGUCCUGAAGCCAUGAAGAGGCCGGUAUGCGUGAUCAUGAAGAACGAGGAAUUUCGAAACGAACCCCUCCCGGCUCAUGUUAUAUGAAAACCGCUUCCGGUUCUUCCGGAGAGGAUGAACCUUGGAAGUUGGUUUAGUGAUAUAGCCAAUUUGGCUACCUCCAGCGCUACUACUACCUCAUCGGACGUGGGGAACUACAGGGAUAGUCAUUCGGGCAGGGACAGCAACAGUCCGUGUGACAUGAGUGAGAAGGGUAGUUUUCUGAAUUGAGGGGUGAAAUAACUGUUAUUUCAUAAAUACAUGUACACUGUGUU